AUGGCUGUCUCAACGCUAAUUUCAGCUCAGUGGCUUCGCCAGUUAAUGCUUCAAAGCCCAAAGUAUCUGCGAAUCGUGGAUGCGUCGUGGCACCUCCCGAAAGAAAAUCGAGAUCCCAGAAAGGAAUUUUUGACUCAUCGAAUUCCAGGGGCCAAGUUCUUCGACUUAGAUGAAUGUAUAGACAAAACUUCACACUACGAGCAUAUGUUACCAAAUGCUGAAGAUUUCUCGAACUAUGUUCAAAGUCUUGGAAUUGAUAAUGAUAGCUACGUUAUUGUGUAUGAUAAUAAUGCGAAAAGUGGCCUAUUCUCAUCUCCUCGAUUGUGGUGGAUGAUGCGCGCAUUUGGGCACGAACGGGUAUCGAUUUUGGACGGCGGUUUUCCGAAGUGGCAUGCUGAGGGUUACCCAAUCGAAACAGGCCCAGACAACAAAAGCAAAGUUGAAGGUAUAUUUUCGGCAUGCAUAUUAACUAGGAUUGUAGGAGAGUGAUGGGGUCGGGGGGGGGGGCAUGAGGAAAGUUAAAUUGUUAUGCAAUGUGUACUGCUAUUCUUCGUUUUCACUGUCACGCAAUAAACACGGCACAAAAAAAUACAUUUGAAACCGUCCAGUGGAAGAAGCCAAGAAAACGAAAUGUUAUAAAAGACUAAUAUAUAAACAAUUUGUCCAAAUCUCAGGUCUUUGUGGCCCACAGUUUCUGAGUUAGUUGCCGAAACAUUUCACGCACCUUUGUAGAGCUUUGUAUGGAGACGCCAUACUGGUGGACAGAAACUGUCCACCAAUAUGGCAACCGGAAAUCAACAAAUACAUCUGGAGUUAACUUUUUCUAUAAAAGCUCUUCCUUUUCUCUCGAGAACUAGCAUACUUGCGCAUGAACAUAUCUUCUAAUACUUGAAAUGGUUAAACUUCUGAAAAUCAAGCGGAGAGACUUUUUUCAAGGAGAUAGCAUUCCUCUUUUGGUGUCACGCACUGUGAAAACUCGGAAGUUCAAACUGCUGUAUUUUCGAAAUGAAACAUGCUUCGCGGCUGGAAACUUGUACAAAGAUUUAUUUCCUAUUAAUCUUUAACCUAGUGUAAAUAAGAAUUCGUAAAACCUUGCUUUUUUGACUUUGCAAUCUGAUGACGUCACCAUGAAAACAUCAAUAGCUUCAAUAACACUGUUACGUGUCUAAGAAGAAUGGAAAUAGCCCACUGAAUUGGCAAUUGCACACAUGCAAGAAUGAUAGUGGUUCUUAUUGUUCUGGACAAUAAAUCAGUUCUCAUGCAGUGUUCCAGAAAAGUAAGCCCAUUUUAGGUUGUUUGGUACCAAUUAAUUGCCAAUCUGUGUUGUCAUAUUGUGAUCAAAGCACUGACUUUUAAUAUAUCAAACCAAUAGCCCAUGGUCUCCUGAUCUAACACAAGACAGUGUUUCAUCCCAUAUCCAGUCACUGAGAAGUGAGUUUAAAAAAAGGGUGUCUAGUGGGAAUUGUAAGACCAGAUUUCCAACUCUCUCUAUCCAAAGAUCCAGAAAUACCAACCUCUGGAGAUCUAAAAUCUGGAGACUGUCUGUCAGUCUGUCUGUCUGUCUUUCUGUCACCUUGUUCCCAGGUUCUCUCUCUAGGGGUGGGUAGGAGAGAACCCUGGGAACGAGGUUGUGUCUGUCUGUUGCAUUACCCUCAUAGCAACAACCCCCACCCCCUUAUAAACACUAAUCAACCCAGCUCCUAAGUUUUGAAAUGGUUCUGGCUCAGGACAUAAUGUGGGGGGAAAAAGUUAAAUUCUAAACUAAAGCACACAAAAGAGUUGGCAUAUAUGCUAAUGAAUAACUAACCAGCGCCAUAAUUCUUCUAAUUUGUUUAUUGUAAUCUGUGUGAAAAUGCUGACAGCUCUUUUAUUUUCUUGCUCUUAUUUGUUUGAUGUUUUUAAAUAGAUGGUGGGCCAUUCAAAGUUACUCUAAACACAGGCAUGUUUUGUGAUUUUGACUUUGUGAAAGCCAAUAUAUCACAGGCAACAUGCCAUGUUGCCGAUGCUCGGUCUUCUGGCAGAUUCCAUGGUACUGAACCAGAGCCACGCCCAAAUUUUCCAUCUGGUCACAUUCCAGGAUCAAGGAGUGUUCCAUAUUCCCAGUGUUUAGAUCCUGACACAAAACUCAUGAAAACACCUGAGGAGUUGAAGAAAGUGUUUGAAGAUGCAGGAAUUGAUCUCAAAAAGCCUCUCAUUACUUCCUGUGGAUCUGGGAUCACUUCAUGUGUGGUGGCUUUGGCAUCAUAUCUUUGUGGAAAGAGAGACACCAUGGUCUUUGAUGGCUCCUGGGUGGAGUGGUGUCAGCGUGCUACUGAUAUGAUUGAAAAGAGCUAAAUACUUACGGCCAUUCAUUGUUUUGUAAUAUAACAAUAAGGGGGGAGGUGGAGGCAGAUCUCAUUGAUAAUUAAAAGUCAACAAUCUUUAGUCUUU